AUGCUCGAGCAUGUCUCCGAAGAUGAUGCGGCAUGGAGUGUUCCGGCGGCAACGGCUCGGCCCCGAUCGCCGUGUGGAGGUGCGUACGCGUACGUCAGUUUUCUUCUAAAAAAUGAGGGUUGGCGGGAUACCCUUCAACAACACCAACGGCCAACAACCCGAUCAAACCCCAAGGAUUCUCUCCCACCUUCACUUUCCUCCCCUCUCAAUCUUCUUGCACCGACAAACAAUAUGGUUCUUCGACGACACGAGAGAAUACCACCCAACAUAGUGGCAAUUGCAUGGAUCUCCUUAUGUUUGUUGCUGCUGAACACAAAAGCUGCUUUGGGGAUCUCAAGACCGUUUGGCCUCCAAACGAAAAACCACCUAAAGAUUCCAUCUGCCAUCCGACUAAACCUACCACUGGAUUUGACAAGUGGUUCCAGUUCUAUUGCACAAUUCAGAGGUGGAGCUGCAUGGAGUGACGACGAUGAUGAGGAAGAAGAAGAAGAAGACGAAAGUGAAACUGAAGAUGAGGAGGAAGAGGAAGAUGAGGAAGAUUCAGGAGUUUCCAAUUCAACCAACGGUAACUCUAACUCCCCCGCCAACCUGAUAAUCAGCACCUUGAAAUCGGUUUCCAAGGCUUUAAUGCGUGGAGUGACGGCAGCAAUCCAGAGUUUAGAAUCCGACAGUGACAAAGAUGAAGAUGCAUCGAUAGUAGGGAGAGUGGUUCAAAUGGUCCAAAGUUUCUGGAGUGCAGCAUUGAAUAGUGGCUCGAACAAGAAAAGUGACAAUCCUCCUUCUCCCUCCAAACCACCAAAAUCAACUCCCAAAGAAACCGUCCGCACAACUACUGAGCCGGCUGCUACUAGUAGUACUACUACACCCACUUCUGAUUUUGGUACCUACUUGGCACAAACCUAUGGGGUAGCCGACGGUCGCACAGGAGAUGACAAUCCCGUGUUGGGUGGCAGUCUCAAUGAUGCCCUCAAAGUUGCUAGGGCCAAUGCCAGACUCUUGCUGGUGCUGAUACCCAACAAGGGAAAAAAUGACAAGAAAGCCGUUGAAGGAUUCUUGAGCUCACAAGUUGCCACCAUGGCCAAGAAAAAGGCACGCAAAAAGGGAGAAACCGGAUCCUUCCUUCUCUGGGGUGCCAAAGCGGGGUCCUCCGAGGCCACACAGGCCAUGAAACGAUUCAAGGUCAAACCCAAGAAUUCCAAGGGAGAAAAAAUACCCAUUCUCUUGGUGGCAUAUCCUGCUCAGGGUUUCUCCAAGGGUGUUCUCAAAAUUGCACCCAAGGUACUCGCACAACAUCACUGUUCUCCUCCACCCUCGGCAGAUACCAUGAUGGAAUGGUUGAACGAUCUUCGAAAGCGACAUGCCAAACAAUACGACAAAAUGCAAUUGGAUCGACGAGAGGCACAGCUCUACCAAGAACGAAAAGCGGGAUACCAGGAAAGUGUCAAGAGUGAUGUAGACCGAAAAAUUCGGGAAAAGAAAGAAGAGGAAGAACGGAUUGCCAAGGAAAAGGCCGAAAAGGAGCGUUUGGCAGCAUUGGAACAACGUCGAAAGGAGCUGCUCGAAUCGUUGCCAGAGGAACCAAAAGCGGGCAAUAAGGAUGCCAUGACACUUUCAAUUCGCCUUGCCGAUGGUCGUUCCGGGAAACGUCGUUUUGCAAAAGAGACGGAAUUGAGCAUUGUCUUUAACUGGGUGGAUGCCUCGUUUCAGAUGGAACGUGAAACAGUCGUAUUGACGACCAUGAAUGGGAAGCAAACGUUUAAUUGGGAAGAUACUACGGACGAAAAGACAUUGGCAGAUGCUGGACUUGGUCGCAUGGUAGGCUUUCGAGUAUCCGAAAACAAACCAGGCGAUGAAAAAAGUGGCGACGAAAAGGAGGAGACAGCCAAGGAAGAAGCCUAA